AUGUCGAUCGCUACCGUCGAUCUCAUCUUCACCGAUCUCCGGUCAGAAACGAAACAGACCCCGAUAAUCAUCCCACCUCAGACCACAAUUCAAUCCCAAGACCCAGCCGGAACUGGAGGAACACGACUGUUCAAUCCAGUCAUCGUCCUCCGUCGCCCCACCCAGUCGAAUGGCGAAGCCAAUGACAGCCAUGAACUCUAUUACGAUGACGGUGCGGGUUUGGGGCUUCGGCCAUUACCCGAAAAUAUGUCGGAGUUCUUGAUGAAUUCAGGGUUCAAUCGGCUUCUUCAACUAUUAACCCAUUUAGAAUUCAAUGGUGUUGGAAGGUUCGACAACCCUCCGGCUUCGAAGUCUGCAAUUGAAUCAUUGCCCACUAUAAAGAUUUUUUCAGCUCAUUUGGUGAAUGAUUCACACUGUGCUGUGUGUAAAGAACCCUUUGAAAUGGACUCAGAAGCUCGCGAAAUGCGUUGUAAGCACAUUUACCAUUCAGAUUGCAUUGUGCCUUGGCUUGGUAUUCGGAAUUCUUGCCCGGUUUGUCGACAUGAAUUGCCCUCUGAUGCUUAUGGAAAUGACAGAGACUCUAGGGAAGUAGAGCAAUCAUUGGCUUUGAAUGAUGAGGAUUCAGUGGGGUUAACAAUAUGGAGACUUCCGGGUGGUGGUUAUGCGGUUGGGAGGUUUACAGGUAGUAGGAGAGCCGCUGAACGUGAAUUAACUGUUGUGUAUACCGAAAUGGAUGGUGGGUUUGAUGGCAGUGGUGCUCCGAGGAGGGUUGCUUGGUCGACAAGUGGGAAUAGAGCGAGAGAGAGAAGUAGAAUGGGUCGUGUCUUUGGGAAUUUGUUGUCAUGGGUUGGAAGUUUUAGGCUUUCGUCCUCAAUGCUGAGGUUGGAGAUUGGGUUUAGACGAAGUCAAUCCCAUUCUGGUAUUCAUAAUAGGUCCUCACUAGGGCACAGAAGCCAUUGGGCGUUUGAUGAUCGUAGGGAUACAAGAAUUUGA